CGCUGCGGCAAUGACCGACCUCAAAUUGCAGCAGCAACAUCUUCAGCACCAAAAACACCACCUCCACCACCAUCAAAUCACGAUACUUAACACGGCGAAAUGACCAGUCGAAGUCGCCAUCGUUAUCCCGCGUUGGUGCUUCCAGUUGCACUCGUUGUGCUACCGUUUCUGUUUAUCCAAUUGGGCUUUUGCACCUCCGAAGACGAGUACCAUUUGAACGUGUCUUUAUCAAGUGGUACCCAUAACGAUUCCGGACACCAUGUCCGCGCCAAGGAUCCGCUUUUUCCGAGCGAUCUCUUCUCCAUUGACCAGUUACGAAGCGGUGCCAUUAUCCUCCACAUCCUGGGCAUGGUGUACAUGUUUGUUGCCCUCGCGAUCGUGUGCGACGAGUUUUUCGUACCGUCUCUCGAUGUCAUCAUCGAAAAGUUCGGAAUCCAAGACGACGUGGCCGGAGCAACGUUCAUGGCAGCCGGAGGUUCCGCACCCGAACUGUUCACAAGCAUCAUCGGCGUGUUCGUGUCUUUCGACGACGUCGGAAUUGGUACCAUCGUGGGUUCUGCCGUUUUCAACAUCCUAUUCGUCAUUGGCAUGUGCGCCCUGUUCUCGAAAACUGUUCUCACCUUGACGUGGUGGCCGUUGUUCAGAGACUGCUCUUUUUAUUCGUUAAGUCUCCUCACACUUAUAUUAUUCUUCAAAGACAACUACAUCUACUGGUACGAAGCGCUCAUCCUCUUCAGCUUCUAUGCCAUGUACGUGACCUUUAUGAAAUGGAACCACCCAAUGGAACAAUGUGUCAAGAAAGUGCUGUACAAGAACAAGGUGACUCGCGUUAGAAGUACUGAUCAACUUAUGCCCACACACCAAGAGGCAGCUCAAGCCUUGCAUGGCACAGCGGCGACAUCAAGUGAAACAAGCGUCGGGACGCAGCCCGGAGGUAGCGUGACUUCACGGACGGCGUCGGAGACGGCGCCAGUGCCACCAAUGACUGGUCAGCAUCAUCACACGGGCGCCAAGUUCAGACAUGGCCUACUACAGCUCAUGAUACACACCAUCGAUCCAAUGCACGACGGCAAAGUGGACGAGAAAGCGACCCAGUUGCAUGCCAUUGCUUCUCUGAGGGUGCUGCUAGAUGCGACAAAGCCUCAGAAUGGUGCCGCGACCAGUUCGGCGGCGAAUUAUGUGAGUGCUGCCAAGCAGGAAACGAUGCUAACGCCAACUAAUCGGGGAAGUACUGGGGAAACUGCAUCCGACAUCCCCAAUGGCAUUACCAACCCCAUCGGUGACAUUAACUUGGACACGCGACGAAUGUCAACUGUUCGCGCCCGUAAGUCACUGACUUCACAAGCAGUCGUGUGUCUGCAGGUGGGCGAUGCUGAGGACGAGCCACCGGAGGCCCUCGACAUGGGCUGGCCCUCAGAGAACAAGAAACGUCUCACCUACGUCCUGUUAGCUCCGAUCGUUUUUCCCCUGUGGCUCACCUUGCCUGACACCCGAUCACCUAGUGGUAAAAAGUGGUUUCCUGUAACGUUUCUCGGGAGUAUCGCUUGGAUAGCUGCUUAUUCCUACUUAAUGGUAUGGUGGGCCACUGUAGUGGGAGAAACGGUAAAAAUACCACCGGAAGUGAUGGGUUUAACAUUCCUUGCAGCGGGUACUUCCAUUCCUGAUUUAAUUACCUCCGUCAUUGUAGCGAGAAAGGGAUUCGGUGAUAUGGCCGUGUCCUCGUCCGUUGGCAGUAACAUUUUCGAUGUCACAGUCGGAUUACCAGUGCCUUGGUUCCUUUAUGGCAUAAUCUACGGGAAGCCCGUGGCGGUAAAUUCAAUCGGUAUGGUGUGUUCGAUCACAAUUUUGUUCAUGAUGUUGUUAUUCGUGAUACUAUCGAUUGCCUGCUUCCGGUGGAAGAUGAACAAGGGUCUUGGCUUCACAAUGUUCUUACUCUACUUCGUUUUUGUUACGGUUUCUCUAUUAUUUGAAUACGACCAUCUUACGUGUCCUUUCUAAGUAAAAAACAACCGACAAACAGACGGACCGACGAGGGAAAAGGGGGGAUAUCCAAAUCAGGAAACAUUAAAUGUUACAAUACACUACGCAUUAUCGUCAAACUUUCGAUUAUCAUUUUAAUUAAUUAUUAUUCUUGUCAUUAUUGUUGUUGUUAUCAUACGACAUACCGUGUAUGCGUUUUUUUGUAAUUUUCAUAAUAUGUCAUCCAUCAGGACGUCGUCCUUCAUUCGUCUUUUGUGUCAGCACCAGGGGGCGCAUAGUAAAUAAUUAAAUAAUUAAACAACGUUCAUCGAUCAGUGUUAAUUAUUAUUAUUAAUUACUACAUACGAUGAUCCUAAGAUUAUCUCGCGCACAUGUUCGUUGUUGGAAUGGAAGAAAUGAUGAAUCGUUUCUGGCAAGAAAACGUGGCGUCACACCGUGUUACAUAUGAAUAAUAUAUAUAUCGUUAUAGGUGAUUUAUUCAUAAAAAAAGUCAAGCACGUUUAUAUGCUGCAUUAUACCACGUUUUGUAUUUUAUUCUUGGUCGCUUUCGUUUGAUCAUUGCUUUGUUCUAAACCUCAAAUACGAUAUGCUGUAGGUAAUUUGAACACCAUCGUUUUCUUUUUUUUUUUGGCAGUAGUUUGGAUUUGCAUGGAAGAAUCCGUUUUCUUAUUUUGUAGUUUGAAGCAUUAAUUGACGAAGCAAUGUAUUUUGUUUUGAUGCAGCAGCGGGAAUGGCAGCGAAAUUUGAUAAGGCCUACAAGAUUUUAAUGAGCUUUUAAUGUAUCAUUGCGGAUUAUAGCGAAUUCUGAUACACCAAACUAAAUCUCGACGAGGAUUACAGUGAGUUUUUGAUACAUUCCAAUGGAUUGCAGUCUGAUUUUCUACUCAAAAAUUUAUACGAAUUUAAAAUGAGUUUUAGAUGCAUUUAAACGAAUUAGAAAGAAUUAUAAAGAAUUACAGUGAAUUUUGACUUACAAAUACGGAAUAGAUGGAAAUUAACAGUCUGCAGGAUUACAGUGUUAUUGAUCCAUUUGAAUGGAUUCUAGUGAGUUUUUGAGGAGUUUAAACGGAUUAUGGUGAACUCAUGCUGUUCUGAUUCGGGUCCAAAGGUCGUCUUCGGUUGGAAUUGUUUCCCGAGUCAAUGAAAUAGAUUGUAAUGGGUUUUUAUACUGAUUGGAGUGCAUUUUCUGAGAAUAUUAGCAUGUAGUCCAAGUAACAGAGUUCAAAAGCAGUUUUGGAUAUAAACUGCUAAUGUAGCAAAGCAGGCUGUAGAAUAGUUUGACGCAGCACGAUGGCAAGAACGUUUGACGCUGUAAAGCUUCAUGUUGCAUCAAAGAUUGAAGUUUUAUCGCAGUGGAAUAGAUUAUAGUAGAGCUUGGAUUGACGCAUCAGUAAACUGUUAAUAUAGCGAAACAGGCAGCUAAACAGUUUGACAUAGUAGGAUGAAUUGAAAGUCGAUUUGACGCAGUAAAGCUUGGUGCUGCAUCAGAGGUAGAUUGGUUAGGGGUGAGUUUUAUUCUUGAAUGGACUGUAGUGAGCUAUGAUGCAGUUCUGGAUAUAGUCCACCGAAAUUUUAUCUCAGCGGAGCAGGGUGUAGUGGAGUUUAAGUUGACACUGUACAUGACGCGUCAAUGUAAACUGCUAAUCUAGUAGAUCAGACAGUAGAACAGUUUAACGCAGCAAGAUGGAUCGCCUAGCGGUUUGAUGAUGCAGCAUUCUUUGGUGAUGCAUGAGGUGUGAAUUGAUUGGAAGUAUUCUUAACUCUCGAACGGAUUGUUGCGAGUUAUGAUGCAGUUUUGGAUGUAACUGAAGGAAGUUUUAUUGCAGUGAAGUAGAUUAUAGUACAGAUUGGAUUGACGCAUCAGUAAACUGUUAAUAUAGCGAAGCAGGCAGCCAAACAGUUUGACAUAGUAGGAUUUGACGCAGUAAAGCUUGGUGCUGCAUCAGAGGUAGAUUGAUUAGGGGUGAGUUUUAUUCUUGAAUGGACUGUAGUGACCUAUGAUGCAGUUCUGGAUAUAGUCGAGCGAAAUUUUAUCUCAGCGGAGCAGGGUGUAGUGGAGUUUAAGUUGACACUGUACCUACAUGAUGCGUCAAUGUAAACUGCUAAUCUAGUAAAUCAGACAGUAGAACAGUUUGACGCAGCAGGAUGGAUCGCCUAGCGGUUUGAUGAUGCAGCAUUCUUUUGUGAUGCAUCAGGUGUGAAUUGAUUGGAAGUAUUCUUAACUCUCGAACGGAUUGUUGCGAGUUAUGAUGCAGUUUUGGAUGUAACUGAAGGCAGUUUUAUUGCAGUGCAGUAGAUUAUAGUACAGAUUGGAUUGACGCAUCAGUAAACUGUUAAUAUAGCGAAGCAGGAAAUAAAACAGUUUGACAUAGUAGGAUGGAUUGAAAGUCAGUUUGACGUAGUAGAGCUUGGUGCUGCAUCAUAGGUAGAUUGAUCAGGAGUGAGUUUUAUUCUUGCAUAUGGACUGUAAUGAGCUACGAUGCAGUUCUGGAUAUUGUCCAACGAAAUUUUAUCUCAGUGGAGUAGAUUGUAGUGGUGUUUGGCUUGACACGGUACAUGACGCAUUAAUGUAAACUGCUAAUGUAGCAAAUCAGACAGUAGAACGGUUUGAUGCAGCAGGAUGGAUCGCCUAGCGGUUUGAUGAUGCAGCAUUCUUUGGUGAUGCAUGAGGUGUGAAUUGAUUGGAAGUAUGCUUAACUGUCGAACGGAUUGUGGCGAAUUAUGAUGCCGUUUUGGAUGUAACUGAAGGAAGUUUUAUUGCAGUGAAGUAUAUUAUAGUACAGAUUGGAUUGACGCAUCAGUAAACUGUUAAUGUAGCGAAGCAGGCAGUAAAACAGUUUGACGUAGUAGGAUGGAUUGAAAGUCGGUUUGACGCAGUAGUUUAUGGUGGACAUCAAGUGUGCAUUGAUUGAAAAUAAGUUUAACUUUCGAAAAGAUUGUAGCGAGUUUUGUUGCAGCAUUGGAUGCAGCCCAGUGAUGUUUCAUCGCUUGAUACGGUAUAUGACGCGUCAAUAAACUUAUUGUGGCAAAGAAGGAUACAUUGUAAGGCGGUUUGACGCAAUAGUCUUUGGUGACGCAUUCACGUGUAAAUUGAUAGGAAGUAUGUUUAACUCUCGAUGGGAUUGUGGUGGAGUAGAUUGUGGUAGAGUUUGAAUUGACGCAUCAGUAAACUGUUAAUGCAAUGAAGCAGACUGUAGAUCGGUUUGAGGCAGCAGGAUGGGUUGCGAGACUGUUUGACGUUGUAGUAUUUGAUGACGCAUCAGGGGUGGUUGAGAAGUAAGUUUAACUUAUUAUUUGAUGCAGCAAAAGGGGUAGUAAGGUGUUACAAUGCUGCGGAGAGAAUGACGUGGUGAUUUAAUACAGCACAGGGGAUGGUUUUCCAGACAGACUUGGUGCAACAAAUUCGUUUAUAAUACCAUACCUUUGGUUUGAGUAUAAUUGCUAACAAUUCUGAUUAAAUAGAAUACUCCUAUCGGUUUUUGGAUUACUAUUAUUUUUAGUAAUUUAACGUAGUUUUUGUUUGCUUAUAUAGCAUUGAUUUUAGUAUUUAUACAUGAAUUAAAGAGUUUACAAAAAUGGUCCCGGCUUAUGCCGUAUAUCUCAUAUUUUGUAAAUAUGCCUUCUGGCAUUAAUUCCAAAUAAAAAUGUGUCAUUUAACAGUAGCAAUAUUGCAUGGCUAUUCUGUGUAUUUCCUGUUGGUGUAUUCGUAUGGUGCAAGGCACCCCAUUGAUCAGGUUCACUCGUAAUAAACCUAAACAAUGAAAAAAGAAUACAACUAUGUAGAUAGAUUACAUAUCAUGUUGAAUGUUUGUUUGCGAAUGAAGGUAUGAAUUCUGAAAUGGGAAAUCAAAAACAAUUAUUUACACAACAUGUAUCAACACGAUGUUGACAACACGUUUUUUUGCGUGUGUUUAAUUCUAAGGUUUUAGUAUCAGCAAUAAUAACUUUGUAGCGCUAAUUAUACCGAUAGAAUUCAUAAACGUUUUGUAAAAAACGGACUAUUUUAUAGCACAAUUUUUGUAUUAACGAAGAUUCGAUAAUAUAGUAGGAACAAAAUGAAAAUAGAAUAGUAGAUACCAAUUUAAGUGACAUACCUAUAAAAAUACAUGUAUGUACGCUACCUACGUAUAAAUAAUUAUAAAAAAUAGAAUAUUACUAUUAUUACUGACGAGUGGAACAAGAGAAGUUGCUUUUGUUGAUAAUAUUUAUUAUAUAUUAUGAAUGUUAACGUAUUAAAUAUCAAAUAAGCUAGUGUUUUUACAUAUCAUCUAGUAGGUAGCUAAAUAGUAAAUGAAAAUGUUUUCGACGGGAAUAUUAUGUAAAUAUAAACACAAUCUUCCCCCUCACUUGAUUAAAUUAUCCACCUUCUACAGGUCUAGAACAAGUAGCUAGUUAAAAUUAGUUAAGUAUAAAGUGAAAUUGUAACGUAUAUGAUAAAUAACAAAAAACUAGAGCGUAUUGUAGAAAUUGUACAUAAACAUUACUGGGCACUUCCAAGCGUUAAAGUGCCUAUUGCAUUUUUUUUAUCCCAAUGUGAUAUAAACCUUAAAAUAAGCAAAGCCUGCUGUGUAAACACCUUUAGUUUUUAGGAUGUAGCAUUAUCGUGAGAUAAAAGUUGACCCACUUUACUUAAAAAUAAUUAAUAAAACGCGCUAAAAAAAAGCCCGUAAUAAUAUGACCUUGAAUUUGGCUUUAAAUGGCCAAACUUUGAAAACCUUGCAUGAAAAAAUCAGUGGGAAGGUGUUUUAAACAGAUAAAACCUUUCUAUUGCUGUAAGUCGUACCUAUUUAGGUUUAUAUUCCUGCAAACUAAAAGAAAGACAUCGUAAUGACAACAGUCACUUCUUUCUUGUUGUAUCUCCUACCAUAAUCUCAUAGUCCAGAAGAAAGAGAUCAGUGUUUUAAACAUGUUUUUUUAUAAAUAAAUACUUUUUGGUUGACAGUUGUACUAAAAUUUUACUCUCAACGCGAGAAAGGCUUUCCAAUAAGUAAAGAACAAGUAACAACCAAAAAAUGGUUUUAUUUUGUGGAAAAAGACAACACGGAGAAGACACGUCAUGUAAAGACCUAGGUGUAAUUUACCGAAAUGGACGAUUUUAAAUAUCUCUCUCUAUGUUUUUUUUCAUUUACCUAAGUUUUUCAUAAUUGGACUAGUAUAAACCAUUCCCAAGAAAAAAUCAUUGACAAAUUGCUUAUGUAGUACGCAUUCUCUUACAAUUCGAUUCUUCUUCGCAAAAAACUGACUAUGUAGGUACUUUUAUUCGGUUUUUUCUUUUCUGUAAUCAGAAGCAGAGUAUUUCUGUCUGUGCUUUCUCAACUUCCUGCCGAAUUUUUCACAUUGUUCAACUUUAAUGCAAGAAAUUGCUAAUAAAUCGGUAGCGACGGUUCUUAAAACUAGGGGUACGUUUUAUUGAUAUUUUUAGAGUAAAAAAGGGUCAUCAUAACUACAAAAGGGUAGUAUUAUUAUUGUGAACAACAUUUUCUACAGGUUCUUAUUUAUAAAAAAUUUUACAUGUUAAUUUUAAACGUUUGAUAAACAGCAGUUGUUGUGGUGUUAUCAAGACACGUACAUACAUACAUACAUACAUACAUAUAAAACACAUAUGUAGAAAGAUACUGAAAAUGAAACUACUUAAAAAGGGAACAAUGAUUAUGUAUAACUUGUAUUCACAUUAGUGAAAAAAUCAUCCCACAUUAUCAAAUACUACUUAUGUAGACAUUAACAUAUUAUACAUAUGUUAGUUUUGAUUAAUUAAAUAUAACAUUUAUCUUGCCCAUAUGCAUUAUAUCCCAAAAUUCUUAUUUAGUACUUAUAGUUAAAAAAAAAAAAAACAAUUCAAUUUGAUGUUUAAAACCUUGCAUAACACCACACACAUAUAUGGAAAAAUACCAUCGUUUAUAAUAACGAUCACAACCGAAAAUCACGGCUCAAUCACAAGACGACGAUAAGAAAUUUCAUUUAUUAGAAAAUCAAUGACAUUAUCUAUGGAGUCACAUGACCAAAAGAUCGAUACAGCAAGGAUCAGCUUACAAAAUCAAUUUGCCAUGAAAACCUUUAGAUCAGUCAAUAAAAUCGAUACAGUAUAUGCAUGUGUCUAUAUAUGAAAUACUUAAACAGAGAUUACCUACUAGUAAAAUAACGAAGACCUGUCUUUAGUUUAUUUAUAUAUUGCAAUUUGCAUUUUACAACACCACAAGUAUCACCUACAAUAACUUAGAUAUAAUUUAAAAGAGAUGCAAAGAAUAGUUAGGUACAACAGGUGUAUUACUGUUGAGCCGUAGAAAGGUAAAAAAAAACGCACGAAAAAAAGUUAACUUUGACAUCAGGAGAGGUACAAAUAAAUAAUUAAAUAAAUAAAUAAGUUAUUCACUGACUAUAACAGCAAUGUAAAGUAAGGAAAACCUAAUAAGACAUUUUAUUAGAUAAAUUUAGUAUAAUGUAAGAUACUUACAUAUAUAGUACGAUAACCAUCAUUUUAAUCGUCAUUUAAAUUGUUAUAAGCAAACAGUAUUGCAUUGUAAUAAAUGUAGAACUACUUAUAGUGUCUACCUAAUAUGAUAGUAGCGUUUUGCAACUUGUGUACCUUAUAUAAAUUAAAUUCAUGAUAUCUACCCUAUAUUAUAAAGGAAAAGACAAAACAGACGGCAUAUUUUACAACACGUUCUAUUUAAAUGGAGAAAAACGUUCUAUUUAUAAUGGCGUGCUGUAAAAGUCGUCUGUAAUUUUUAAAAACAAUUGUCCAGUCAAAACUGUUAAUUGGUCUUUAUUAAGAAAUAUGUAGUCAUAGUCUCAUUUCGCAAAUCAUACGUUUCGUCAUCAACAUAUUAAAGGCUGCAUCUUCAGUAACGCUGAUUUCUUUUUCUAAUAAAAUAACUUUCACCUAACUAUGAUAAAUAAAUAAAUAAAUAGAUAUCUAACCCGUAUGUGUCUAUAGUAAACUUUGAAGAUGCCUCCCUGAAUUGAGAACGAAACGUCAGGUUAAAGUACGUUGAUUUACAAUUAAUCGGUACUGCUAUUGCUGUUGAGCAAAAUUAAAUUGAAAAGAAAACAAUGUUUAAUGUAUUUUUUGUUGUUUUGAAAUUUAUAAUCCGAUUCUGCAUUUUAAUGAGCUAUUAUACAUAUAGAGUGUUUCUAUUACAUAUCUGUAUAAUAGUCGGAGAAACAUUGUUGAAAGAACAUUAAAAAUCGUCUUUCAUGUUCAUACAUUUACUUGCCGUUGUGAUUAGUUUGGCUAGGACACAUCUACACAUAACAUUUUAUGCAAUCUGUUUUUUCCUUAUCAACAUAUACCGUGUGUUAACAUCAAAACGGGCAAUAUAAGUAAAUAAAUUAAAUUUUAAUAAAAGUAUAACGAUAAUUCCUCAAUGAGUACCUAUACACGGAGAAAAUGAAAAACGAAAAUUUACCUAAAAUAUUAAAGCCAUAUUUACAAUUUAUCCCACUAGCCCGUUGCUUCGUAAGCGAAAAUAAUAAAAAUUACAAUUUGGACUCGAAUUUUAAAAAAUAAAAUCGCAGCAGAAAUACAUAUACUAGGCGUUUUAGUUGAUAUUACAAAUUUAAUUGUAAUAAUUAAGAAACCUUUUAUAGAAACAUGUCAAAACUGAG